ACGGUCAAGAAUGAAGUCAACAAUACAAAAAUGUUGCGCCACAGGGCCCUCCGUAUCCCGGCGCUCACUCCACCAAACCUCCCUCCUCCGCUCAUCACCAUCACAUAACGAUUCCAAUAAGUCACCACGAUCACCAUCCUCCUCACGAAAAGACGACUAUUCUGAAGACUUCGACCUCGACCCUGACGACUUCUACUUCUCCCGCCCUUACCAAAUCGACCCCACCACCAAAUCCGUCCACACCAAAACCGGCCUCACCCUCCCCCUCAGUCCCAUCAUGGACCCAACCUACCACUCCUCCCGCAACCGAUGGAAAGAGCGCAAACCCACCUCCCGCCCUCCAGGUCAACGCGUCUCCAAAUUUUCACAACUACUCGAAUCCAAUCCUUUCGCCUUGGCUCUCGCCGCACCUCUCCGCGCCUGCACCGCCACCGACGUCUUACUUCCCAAACCUUUUCUCCAGAAAUUCAAUCUCCUCCGCCACCCCGAGACAGACGAGCCGUGGUUUGUGCCUGCUGAUCUUUCGGCGCACGGCGCUGCUGCUGCUGAUCCGGCAAAGCAAAAAGACCAGGCGUUGGGACCGUCAGGGUAUACACUAAGUAAUCAGACGCUGUUGCACGAGUUUACGAUAAAAGGCAGUCCGUAUUUUGGAAGAAAUCGGAAGCUGUUGAGGCGGAACGCGACGAAUAAGACGGGGCUGACGGAGGUGUUGAACAAGGCGGUUUGGAGAGAGGAUAUGGAUGCGUUGGUACUCAAGAUGAUGCGACGGAGAAUCGUGGAUGAGUUGUUGUAUCUGACGGGGAAAGUGACGGGGAGUUUGAGGAGGAAGUAUUUGACCCCGUUGAGGGGGGGUUAUGAAGAGGCGAGGGAGAGGAAAUUAAGAGGUGCGUUGGUUUAUGUUGGUGGAGGGCCGGGAAUGACAAACGGAAAAGUUACGAAGCCCCCGAUGAGGGUGUCGACUUUGGAGAUCAAGGGAGAGCGGUAUAGUACUAAACUACCUGUUUAUGAUGCUACGGUGCUACUUGGGGAGGAGGAGUUGAAGAGGUUGAUGGAUGAGGAGACGGGAUUUUGGAGGCAGGCACAGUUGUAUGCGGUAGGGAGGGAGGCAACGACGGAGCUGCAGAUGAAGUUGUGGAAGCUGGAAGGGUAUAUGGCGAAGGGGGAGCUGCCUCGUCAUGAGGAGGUUGAGGUUACGAAAGCUGCUGAAACGAAGGAUGUGAAGAGGCAGGUGCCUGGUGGCCAGGGGCAGCGUAAUGCUACGAAAGCUCCAGCAAGGGACAUGAAGGGGCCUGGAGGAGGUGGUAAACCCGUAAAUGGAUGGGGAGGGGUUCGAAGAGUCUAA